CCUGGCAGCAGCAGCAUCUCCUCUGUGAGCACGCACGCCAGUUUACAUUAGGUUAUAUCUCUCCUCUCUCUGUAUACUCUUUAAUUUUGUUCCAAAUUUGCGUCUUCUUCGUUUAUGCUUUCUACACUUGUUUCUUGUCUGCUAUUUCUCUGAUUAUUUUUCCUCUUUGUCAUGCAGGUGGAAUGUUUGCUUGUAGGACCAACCGAGGCAAAUCUAAUUAUUCACAAACAGUUUACAACACAGACAAAAAAAAAUCUAAUUAACAACCAAUAUAUCUCUAAUCAUACUCUUUUAAAUAAAAUUAUUCUUUUAAAAUAAUUAAUAUACUAUUAUUAAAUCACCGUUACUUUUAAAAUACCAUUUUUUAUAAUUUUACAUUUAGUUAUUUUAAAACCAAUAUUUAUCAGAUGAAUUUGAUUUAUUGAGUGUGACUACAUAAGUCCAAUUCUUUUACCUAGGUGCCAUCUACAGUAAUCUAAUAGCUAUAUUUAGUUCAGAAGUAUGAUCCUUAAUAUUUAGUUUUAACUCUUAGAUGGAAUGUAGUUAAAUACAAGCACUUAAGUUCAUUUUCUUAAGUUCAUUUUCUGUUUUACAAUUUGAAAUAAAAGCUCUAAAUAUGGUCAGAGAUUCGACCGUUAUGUUUGAAACCUAAGAGUACUCAGUGUAAUGCUACAGUUUAGGAGUGUAAGAAGAAAAAAGAAAAAAGAAAAAAGUAAGGAAUGGGGAGAGUGAUAGAAGAACCAAAAUUCGACUAUGAAGCUCUCAGACAGGCUCGUAUGUUAGAGAAUCAGGCUAGGUUGAAGUCUCUGGGUGUUGGAAAAACUGUUUCUGAGCUUAGAAAACAGGUAAAGGAACAACAACCACCUCGUCGUAGUUACCAAAAGAAAGUCUACGGUCUCACCCCUUUGCGUCGUUCCCUUAGAAUCAGCAACAACCUUACGCCACCACAAUCUAAUUCCACACCCCUUCCAACACCAAAACAAGAUAAGGUAACUUUGUCUGGGGAGAAAAAAGAGAAACAGAGACCUGCCAAUGCUCCUCUUGUGAACCUAAGCGAUGCUGAUCUUCUGCUUUCAUCAGAGAAUUCUGGUAGGCGGUGUAAUAGCAAAGGCAGAGGUAGUAUCUACAAUCCAGUUUUGGGAAUAUGCUGCCAUUUUUGCAGUUCAAUAUGCCUGAGGAAGCGAAAGAUGCCUCCAACUGGAAUAGCAGUAUUUAAAGCUCGUGAAAUGGGAUAUAAAUCAGUGGCACAUCUACUAAUGGAAGAACUUAAACUUGGAAAAUGCAAGUGAUGAUUGUAUUGUAAGAGUUGGUUGAUCUUAAUUUAUUAAUAUUCAAGCCUAAUGUUAGACUUCAAUUGCCACUCUGUUGCUUUUGUAACAUUCUCUAGUGUAACUCAUUUUUAGUGUAACUCUAUACCCGUAGUGUCUUCUGCAACCUGAUAAAAAA